CUGUCUCGCAGAAACACACACAGUAUUUAUUGCGCGGUGAGGACUCAGUCACGCACAUGUAAAAAAUGAAGUCCACGUUUUUGCUGUGUUUCAUCAUUUGGUUUGCAGAUGCGGAGCUGAAACCCCGGAAAGGCUCCGGGGUGGUAUGUACUUUCAAAGACAAGACUUACAACCCAGGGGACAGCUGGCAUCCCUACCUGGAGCCCUUUGGACUCAUGUUCUGCAUGCGCUGUGUCUGCACAGAGACAGGCCAUGUGAAAUGUAACACAAUCAAGUGUCCUGCUCUGCCAUGUGAAAACCCAAUAGCCGAGCCCCAGCAGUGUUGUCCAAGAUGCACAGAUGAGGCCAGGAUCCCCGCAGGGCUGAGGGCCUCGGUGAAGUCCUGCAGGUACAACGGGAGCGUUUAUCAGCCAGGGGAGACCUUCAACAAGCACGACCUCUUCCCAUCCAAGCAAAGCAACCAGUGUGUUAUGUGCACGUGCUCCAAUGGAAACAUCUUCUGCGCUCUGAAAACAUGUCAACCAAUCACCUGCUCCUCGCCGGUCUCAGUCCCAGAUACCUGCUGUUUGGUGUGUAAAGAUCAUGGCACCAGCGGGUCCUCAUCGACCGAGGAUGGAAGCCAGCAACUGAACAGAGGCGUUAGGCAUUCAGUCGACCAGUGCUCCGGAGAGCAGAGCAGGGCGCGGUCCGAUCGUGCCACUCCACCCAGGGUCAGGACUUCUCCCAGGGGCCUGAGCCUCAGUAAACUCAACCUCAAAGGGGCUUCAGAGACCACUGUGAAGAUUUUGUUGCAGAGGAAACACCAAAGAGCGUGUUUAUACAAUGGCAAGACGUACUCUCAUGGAGACAUGUGGCACCCAGUUUUGGGGAAGGUCCUGGAAUGCAUCCUGUGCACUUGCACUGAUGGCCUCCAGGACUGUAAACGCAUCACGUGCCCUAGCCAGUACCCGUGCCAGCAUCCUCUGAAACCAGUGGGAAAGUGCUGCAAGACUUGUCCAGAGAGUAAAGCUGAGAGCAACCAGACUCACUGUUAUCUUGGGUAUAAAAAUAGCCUCUUGGUGUAUAAAGUGGAAUCUUCUUUGAAAGUUGACCCGCCCCACACAGUAAGGAUUAUUGCUGUUGAAAGACAAAGUACUGCUGAGGUUGAAGUGCAAGUAUGGAAAGCUGUAGAAGGUGUUUUACAUUUAAUGGAAAUCGGUGACGUCCAGAGAAAAGAUAUAAUGGAUCAUCCAGAGAAUUACACAUUACUCACAACACUUGAUGAAGAGACGUGGAGAAAAUUCAAAGAGGAGGGAGAAAACCUGAGUAAAGCCUCUCAGACCACGAUUUGUGAAGACGGCAUUCGGGAGAUGGUGACUUUCCUAAAUCCCAAGCAGAUCGAAGACCUGUGUUCUCCCUAAUAGUUUGUCCUCCCUUUUCACUCUUUGUAUUCCCAGUAACUACAUACUUAAAAUACAGUACAUACUUUAUUCAUACAUGUUGCACUGCAUCAGUCCUGUAAUACAAGUGGGAUUUCUCAUUUAUGAUAUUGUUUAUUGAUUCAUGCAUUGCUGUCCAUCGUGUUUUAAUCACCACGUUUUGUUAUUUGUAAAUUAUUAGGUUUCAAAACACGACCUGUAGCAGUGUUUUAAUAUCUGUCGUGGUCAUAAUUCAAUCAUUUAGGUGCGCAGUAAAUGUGAAAGUGGAAGGUGUGCAUCUCUAUUGAAUGAUUGAGGACACUGUGGGAUCAGUAUUUCUCCAACAAACCCUUUGCUUUAAUGAAAAUAAUUUGUGUUUUAGAAUAGGCUGGGCAAGUUUUUUUAAGGGCGUUUUAUGAUCAUCAACAUAUUUAUUGUAAAUACAAAUAGUGGUUUUGCACCUUAUUUAAAGCGCAUUGUUUCUUGUGUACAUACGUUUCACUGAAUGAUUUUUGCGUGUCGUAGCAAGAGGCAUUGCAUUGGGGAUCAGCCGGUGAACACACAGCUGUGUCACAACUGUAUUUGUAAGUGUGAAAACAGCCUUUCCCAAUUCUCCCUGAUGUCAGGAUAUAGACCCACUGUAGCUAUUUUUAUGCAGCCACGAUUUGGCUUGUUAUCAUUGCCUAAUGACAUUUUACAACUCCACAUACCAGAAAUAUUUGUAUUCUAAAGUGGUCAUAGUUGAUGUAGCUGAAUGCACUCUGUACUUCUGCUCACAGUUUUUACACAUAAAGUUUCUUCAGUGUUUUUGCACC